AUGUCAUUCCGCAUUUCUGAGGCUUUGAAAGACGCAUCGUUGAAUUGGUAUCAGGCAUACAAACGCAAGGAUAGACAGAAAAAGAAUUCAAAGCUCCAGAUUGAAAACCGAGAUGCGUUUUGGGUAUCUGACCUUGGCAUUGAAGGAUAUAAAUGGGUUAAAUGCAGUGGUAUAGCGGGACUACUUAAAAAGGGAAAAUGUGAAAAAAUCGUUAUAGUGGAAAAAAGGUUUGAUGUUUGGCUGACAACUGGGGACGAGUCAAAGAAACUCUCUCGAGAAGCGUCGAUUGUAGCAAAUAGUGAACAAACAAAUGGAUUUUCUGUCAACGUUAACCCAGCAACACGAUAUCAAACCAUGGAUGGUUUUGGUGCAGCGAUAACGAACGCCGCUGCAUACAACAUUUACAGUAGUCCGCAGCGGAGUCAGAUCAUUAACGAUCUCUUUGGCAAGGAUGGUAUUGGUAUAAGUUACAUCCGCCUUACUAUGGGUGGGUCAGAUUUCCAAGCGGUCGAGCCAUAUACAUACAACGAUAUGCCUUCUUGCCAUAAUGACACUGCACUUGCAAACUUCAGUAUUGCCAAAGAUCAUCAGUUCAUCAUCCCCGUCUUACAAGGUGCUCUAAGAGAAAAUCCAACCUUGAAGAUUAUGGCGACUCCUUGGAGUGCGCCUGCUUGGAUGAAAAACAAUUGUAGUUUAAAUGGUGGGUUCCUCCGGGAGGAUUAUAUGAAUGUCUACGCUGACUAUUUCCUAAAGUUUGUCCAAGCGUAUGCGGAUGAAGGUAUCACGAUAAAUGCAAUAACUGUUCAAAAUGAACCACUGCACGAGAGCCAGGACUACCCAUCCAUGUAUAUGUGGUGGCAGCAACAGAGUACCUUCAUAAAAGAUCACCUAGGGCCGCGAUUGUCCUCAACAUCCACUAAGAUAAUUGCUUACGAUCACAACUGGGACGAUACGGCGUUUACAACGGGAAUCUUGAGUGACAGCGACACAAAUGCGUUCGUUGAUGGAUCGGCAUGGCAUUGUUAUUCGAAUCCAGCGGAGGACUACUACAAAAAACCUGGUGAUAUUAGAAAUCAAUUUCCAAAUAAGAAUAUCUAUUUUACGGAAUGUACAGGUGGUGAUUGGUCCACGGAUUUCGGCAAUAAUAUUAGAUGGAAUGCAAGAUAUUUGUUUAUCGGUCAACCGAGAAAUGGGGCUAAAACUGUAUUGUUGUGGAAUAUGGCUCUGGAUGAAGAUCACGGUCCAAAAGUAGGAGUUGGUGGGUGUUCGGAUUGUAGAGGAGUGGUCACUGUAGACCAGACAAGCUAUCAACGGGAGGUCGAAUAUUACCUAAUCGGACACUUCAGCAAGUUUGUUCCCACUGGAUCUGUUCGUAUUGACUCUUCCAACUUUGGUUGGGAUGAUGUACACACGGUUGCCUUUGAAGCCCCUGAUGGUGCUAUUGUAGCAGUGGUGUUGAAUCCAUCCAGCACAAAUACAGUUAACUUCAAUUUGAACCUCUCCGGAAGUACAUAUCAGUAUAACAACUUGCCACCAAAAUCUGUUGUCACUCUCAAAAUGUCUCCGUAAAUCCAAAUGCUAAAUUAUUUAUUAAGUAUAUAGAAAUGUAAUUUUGAGGAAAACUAACUUCGGUAUACUUUGAAUUAUAAUAGUACGUCAGUUGAAAAUACAGUUUUAAAUAAAGUCAUAUCUACGUUGUGUUACAGAUGUAUAUCAGAAUAAUUAGAAACAUACGCCGUUAUACUUACUAGCAAAGUAUGAAUUCCAAUGUCCUUGUUUCGUAUGAUCUUUCCUCUAUGUAUACUCU